GAAAUGGAUUCGAAAAAGCAUUGCCAGUGUAAGGUGAUGUUGCUAGAUGGAACUGACUUGAAUAUCGUUGUCCCGAAAAAUGCUCUUGGCCAAGAAGUUUAUGAUCAAGUGUUUUAUACACUUGAUUUAGAGGAACGGGACUACUUUGGUUUGCUGUUUACUGAUCAUUACCACGUCCAGCAUUGGCUUGACCCAUUGAAAAAACUUUCAAAGCAAGUACCCAUAGGUCCUCCAUACACCUUUCGCUUUAAUGUGAAAUUUUAUACCAGUGAACCGAGCAAUCUUCGAGAAGAACUUACGAGGUACCAAUUCUUCUUGCAACUAAAGCAGGACAUUCAAACAGGCAAAUUAGAAUGUCCGAAGGAAACGGCAAUCGAAUUAGCAGCCUUAGCACUACAGUCAGAACUGGGUGAUUAUAAUCCGGCAGAACAUACCCCUGCCCUAAUAUCUGAGUUUCGUUUCCAUCCUGAGCAGAACGAAGAAAUGGAAUUGGCAAUUUUGGAACAUUUUAUGACUUGUCGGGGACAAUCUCCAGCAACUGCAGAAUUGAAUUAUCUUAAUAAAGCAAAAUGGAUUGAGUUAUAUGGUGUAGAUAUGCACACUGUUGAAGGGAAAGAUGGAAACUCUUACAGACUUGGGUUGACACCAGUCGGUUGCCUUGUUUUUGACGGAACUCAGAAGAUUGGAUUGUUCUCGUGGGAAAAGAUACAAAAACUCGACUUCAAAAAUCGUAAACUUACUUUGGUUGUCGAGGAAGAUGCUGAUUUUCAGAGUGGUCAGGUACAACUACAUACAUUUGUAUUUAAUUUAUCGUCGCAUAAGGCCUGCAAGCAUUUAUGGAAGUGCGCCAUUGAACAUCACACAUUCUUCCGUUUGAAAUUUCACCAAACAAAAACACGAAAAUCGUCACUGUUUCGUCUUGGCAGUACAUUUAAAUAUCGUGGUCGGACUGAAUAUGAAAAUAUGCAUAAGGACGUCGGACGACUUUCACGUCGGCAGUCAACUACUUUUGAACGUCGUCCAUCACAGCGAUAUGGGCCUCGACAAACGCUCGUUGAUCGCCGGGUUCAAAUUCGAAGCGAAUUUAAGCAACAGGUGAGAACAAUGUUCGCUGAACACUCAAACUGUUUGUUCGAUGUACUUAUUACGUACCUCAAAAUAAAGUAUUUAGAUUUUCAUCUUUAUUUUAUCUCUUUUAUACUUCUUUUUUGUUCAGCAAUGAAGGUGGCAGCGGAAGCUCGCUUAGAAAACUUAAUUUUCAAUCACGAAACCGGCACGAGAUCGAGUAAUAUACCAGCUCCUGUGGUCAGAAAAUUACAUGAAUCACCACAGGCUACACAUCGAUUGCUAAGUGGGGUGAAACGUAAGAUUUGUUUUUCCCUGAUCGUCUGCAAAUGUUUCCUCAAUUACUUGUAG